AUGUUUCUUGUGGCCUUUGGAGAGAACUGGCGUCCCAGCAGCAGAGCCCCAGUUUUUUUUUCCUUCUUCGAUUUUGCUGCGCACAGAAAUCAAACAGGAUGCUUUUCACUGCGGCUCCGGACUGCUGCAAACACCGCUCCAACUUUGUGCCCGGUACAACCGACCGAAUGUAAGACCGUGUACCGGACUUUGUGGCGGAGAGCGGCGGUACUAAAGAGAGCCGACGAUGAAAACGUGGACUCCGGAGCUGAAACUGCCGAAUCAGACUGCAGCAGGAUGUCAUCGUCUGGCAUUGUGCUCAUGACCAGGCGGGUCAGGCAGCAGCGGCAGCAGCAGCUCCUGCUAAUCAACUUGCAUCUGCUUGCCAACCCUGGAGAUUCACUGCUGUUGCAGCAUACUCUGGAUCGACUCCUGCGCUGGCUCUGCCCAAGCCUCCACAUCUUCCAUGUAUCAGAGAGAGCUUCUCCAUUCAGAAGUUACACCAGCCUCUGUCCUGUGGCAGGCUACCCUUCUCUGGCAAUCACUUUCUUCCUCCAUGAGGCCUAUGGAGAGGAACGAAUACUCAAAGUGCUGGACUUCUUCCAGCGGCCACCCUGGCAGUACCAUCACACCGAGAGCUCCGGCAGCCGAACUGGAGGGAUCCACAUUACUUCCAGCUCCUCACCGUCCAACGCCCUACUGCGGCCCUACCUCCUGCCUAGCCGAGACUUCUAUAGUCUGGGGGCAGGGAUGCCUGUGUGGGGGGUACGACCGGUGCACUGUGGAGGAGAGGUCCUACGUGUGACACUGUACAGUGGGUAUGACAACUAUGAGGAUGCUGUGAGGCUCUAUGAGACGGUCCUGCAACGACAGGCAGAGGAGCAGAAGACUGGCUUCUGCUGGUUCACCCUCCACACAGAGCCAGGACUGUGUCUUCAGCUGGCUCUGAAGCAGUUGUCUCCAGGAGUUCGGGUGGAGCCUUGCAGCUCUGCUGUGCUACAGUUCAGUGUGGAAGAAAUUGGCCAGUUGGUCCCCCUGCUCCCUAACCCCUGUACCCCCAUCAGCACUACACGCUGGCAGACUGAAGACCUGGAUGGCAACAAGGUUCUCUUCCAGGUGAAAACCCCAGCUCAACCUCAGCGACCUCUAACCUGUGCUUUCCCCCCGACCUGCCCAAGCGUCUCCCCUCGAGGAAGUCAGCUCAGAGGCUCAGGACAGAGCCACAGCCUGUCGCCCUGCAGCCUCACAACUCCCCUGUCCUGGCAAACACACCGGCAAGGCCACAGACCGCGCAGUGACCCUGCCCUGGAGAAGCUUCAUGGAGGAGGUUUUGGAGCAGAGAGUCUGGGAUCAGGAAGCUGCUGCAGCACUCCUCCUGGCAGCUCCUGUUACUCAUCUCAGCGCAGCAGCCCUGCUCUGCUCUCAACCUCCAAUCACCCUGACUCUCCUCUGCGCCCAUCUGUCACCCGCUCUCUCUCCCAUCUCCUUCUGGAGGAGGACGAGGAGCAGCCAGAGACCAAUGUGGACACGGGAGUCGCCGUCUCUCCUCGCUCAGACGCCGCAGUCAAAACAAUUACUCGUUCCUCCUCCAUGGACCUUUUGAUGACCCUCCACUCUGAGAGACCUCCAGCUGUUGGGGCUUCAGCUGCCGAGGGACUGGUCAAGGAGUUGAGAGAAUGUCUGCCACAAACACACAUACACCUGCAGGGUCCCUCUGGGACGUGGGACUCUGGUGGUUGUUUAGAUGCAGCCAGGGAGGCCUGCAGCACCAGAACAGUGUCGUCAGGACAGAGCCCCUCCAAUGGACUCUUAGUAGAGAACAGGACUACAGCUGAGCCGCUGUCAGCACGCACAAACAAUGAAGAGCCAGUCGAUGAGUUCUUCAUCUAAAUUCCUGCCACUAUGAGUCAAUCUGUGGUAAUAAUCACUGUGCAGUUAAAAACAUUAUCUCACACUCCAACAGAGGUUGAACAAGAUGCGAAACCCUUUAGAAAGUUUCUGAAUUUAUGCAGGAGAGAGCAGAGCUGUAUAGUCAGACAAAUGAGGGGCACUCUGGAAUAUUAAGGAGACCAAAGUACUGCAGCUGAUGACAGAUUUUCCACCCAGAGGUGUCGAAAUUCUUAAAAUGGUUUGACUUUUCCCAGACAUUUCUACACUGUACAAUAGUUUAAUUGUCCAAAGAUCUGCCAAGUUAGUGGUACAAGGUGAGUGAUAUUUCAAGACAGUGCAGAUAAUAUUGUUGAAAGUGUAAAUGACCUUUAUAUUUAGAUCCAGCUAAUCAGUUGUGCAGCUCUUGUGCUAAAAAGUAGGCCAGUAAAUAGCAGAGUUUUGUAUUUAAGUGUAAUUGAUGGCAGGCUAGGUUUAACGUUGCAUCAUUCAGCUAGGUGAGCUGACGUGUCAUUUCUCAAUUGCCUUUGAAACACAUGAAGAUGAUCUCACAGUGUGAAGGUGCCCUUUGAUGUUGCUCUUGAUUUAGUCUGGAUUCCUCUCCACGGUGCAGCACUGUCAGUCUGUGUUACAGGUCUGAAACCUGGCUUUUCUUACUCCAAGUCUAACCUUGUGGAUUGUAAUUACGCACUUCAAUUGAUAGUUGCUCAUGUGUUUGUGUGUUACAGUGUCUAAGUUGUGGACUAAACCUGGCCAAAUUACUGUACUGACGAGGACGGAAUUUUCUCCUUUAAUGAAGUGUUUCCUUAGAUAGCGAGAUAGUAUUCUUUUUUUUAAACCAUACAGCCUAAAUGUUUAAUGGCCUGACUUCUCUGAAUUCUUAAUUACUGAGUCCACAGUAAGCUGAGGGAUCAGCAGGCAAGUGAACCUAAGUGAAAACUUAGCAAGGACAUUAUGGAUUGGAUGGAUCGCUGAAACAGAUGGUGAUCUCACACAGUUUAAGACACAAGAUAUUGUAUUGCAUCAUGUAUGUAUGAGUCAGAUCAGACUGGGUUCUUCUAAAGAUGUAAUUACUGGGUUUUUUUUUAUCACUUGUGAUCAAGGACAUACUAAAUUUGAGAUAGAUUCAUAUGAACCUUCUAUUGACGUGUGCAUUAUGAAGUCAGUGUUUGUUUAAAUGCAUUUAAUUUAAGGUUUAGAGCUGCUCACUGGUCAGUGUGGGUAAGCAGGGCAGCUUGAAGAUGUCAAAAUGUUUAGCAGUUUACUUUUAUAUGGGUGUUACUGGAAAAAUCCAAGUAUGCUCUUUAAGGAAGUAUGAAAUGUGAGGCUUCUUAGUGUCUGAAAUGUUCAGUGAUGCAGGGUUAGUACUAAAAGACAUGAAUAAAACAUCUGUGUGUCAGAUUAUAAAGAC